GUGUUGAACAUGGUCCAGUUGGAAGCGGCUAACAUCAAAUUCAGGGCAGGUUCUGGCACAGGAUCACGAAACUCAUCUAGUGCUGACCAGCAGAGGCUUGAUAGAUCGCAAAGGACUCACAUUGCGUUUGGUUCCCGUGUCGCAAUUCCAAAACGUGCAUCAAGAUCCGGCAGCCAACCUGUUGGGAUUGAACGGCAGACAUCUUCUGCUUCGUUGUCAAGUAGCAGUGGCCUUGCUUUGAAUAUGUCCCACAGUGAUCUUAACGAAAGUACGUCAAGUAUACCGCAAGUUGAAGUUCAGAAACCGAUACUGCAACCGCGUCCGCCAAAACCAGCCUCAGGAAAAGCGGUAAGGAGGCCAAAUCCGCGAAUAAGGAGUGCAGAGAGCGCAAGUCUUGUCAAACGCGCGAAACUGAAAAUAGAAGCUGAUGGAACCGGGGAUGAAUCAAGAACGGAUCAAAGUGAAGUUAUUGAUAAAAGUACCGCCAAAAAUCGCAUCUCGGAUGACGCUGAUCGAGAGACUGAUAAAACACCGCACGGCAAAUUAGAUGAGAAUAAUAAUGCGAAUGUUUUAAAUGAGAAGAAAAAUGUUGAUACAACAGUUAGGAGCAUGUCACAGAAAAUGAUAGGAAUGAGGAUGGGUAGUCAAGAAGAUGAAGACGAGUACUUCAGAACUCGACAUGACAGUGAAAGUCACGAAGAAACUUCACGAUCAAAGGACGGGAGUUUCUCCUCUACCGCUGAAAGUGACGCGUUUUUUCUGUAUUCCUCUCGACCGCGCUCAAUUACAAACAGUUCUAGGAGUAGAUUGAAUUCGGACAGCAAUUCGAAAUCAAAUGGUGUACCUGAUGUUGUAGUUGAAAAGAUUAGCCCAUCAGAAGUCAAUGUUUUUGCUUCACUGGAAAGUGAUUUUCACAAGGAAUCUUCAGAUAGCGAAGGCGAAGAUCCGAUUACACGGAUGCAUAAACUAGGGGGCAAUCGAAGAAAUAGUCCAUCUCCAAUCCUCGUUGAUAGACAAGGAGAAAAUGGAAAAGAGAGGAUUCGAGGCAGUCUUAUGAAAGAGAUUUCACCCCCAGCAGCAAACCGAUAUGACCACUUAAAGUAUCAAUCGGUACAAUCCGACUCCAUGUCGUGGAUGUACGACUCGGACUCCAGCCAAGUCGUGUCCCAUAAUAUCAGCGAUCACAGCUUUAAGCAGCAGAGCAGUCCAAUCAAGGUUGACAAUGACAAGUCCCCAAGAAUCGCUCGCCUACGAGUUCUAGACGCCUUUUCCGUUAGCAAUGAACAUGGAAGCGACAGUGAAGAUAUUUUAUCAGAUGAUAGUGAUGCAACGUCUUACAGCACUUGGAAGGAGCCGCCUCCGCAUAUCCGUAAUUAUAGGUAUCAAGAAGAGAUGCGAGGGGUCGGCAUGACUCUGGAUUUGUCUACAACACUUCCAAUGACUCCUUAUAUUGAAGAGCAAAGCCCCAUAAAAGAAAAAACAUUUGACCAUGUUGACGGAGAGUUAUCAUUCACAGGUUUGUUUUUUGUAUUCUAUGUUAUUAUUCCCGAUAUAUUCCCUUUGAAAUCCUUACUGGCCAUCCGACAGCUUCAUAUCAGCGAUCACAGCUUUAAGCAGCAGAGCAGUCCAAUCAAGGUUGACAAUGACAAGUCCCCAAGAAUCGCUCGCCUACGAGUUCUAGACGCCUUUUCCGUUAGCAAUGAACAUGGAAGCGACAGUGAAGAUAUUUUAUCAGAUGAUAGUGAUGCAACGUCUUACAGCACUUGGAAGGAGCCGCCUCCGCAUAUCCGUAAUUAUAGGUAUCAAGAAGAGAUGCGAGGGGUCGGCAUGACUCUGGAUUUGUCUACUACACUUCCAAUGACUCCUUAUAUUGAAGAGCAAAGCCCCAUAAAAGAAAAAACUUUUGACCAUGUUGACGGAGAGUUAUCAUUCACAGAAUCUGAAAAGAUGGAUUUGACAAAGUCACAAGAUAUGGAAGGAGAGUUAGAUUUGUUAUACGAUCCUGUUUUAAAUUGCUAUUAUGACCCAAAAACCCACAAGUAUUACGAGUUAGCCUGAGGUAUGUUUCAAAAUAUUUUAUUUCGCACCACAUUUUGCCAAAGUUCAGUUUAAUAUAUCGUGAAAAACAUUCAAUUUUAGAUGAAUUUCUGUCGUUUUCUCAGUCUAAUUAUUACUUGAUAAAAAACAGCAUGUGGAGAAAGUACAACAGUAAAUGUCGUUCCAAGGCCUCUUUGCCUGUUAGUCCAAAAGAUUGCUAACAUUUGCGACUUCAAAAAUACUUCACAUAAUGGCAUGCUCCAAAAACUUAUUCACCAGUUAUUUCAAAAAUUACUGUCUAGCCCAUUGUUGCCAACUGUAUUUGGUUGAGUCGAUGCUAACACGAACUCACACAAUUGUGAUCAUUUAAGAUGCGUAUCUUUUAUUGUCGCUAUAUUACUGAGACAAGGCCUGCAGAAAUAGGAAGCCAAAGACGCGAUCAACUAGUAACAACUAUAAAGAGCCAAGCAAAUCCUUCGAUAUAUUGACUAAAACACAGUCACGGUACGAAUAAGUUCGCUAUCAUCCUGACACUCAGGCAUUCGUUGCCUGUUUUUAUGCAACGCUACCCCAGUUUAUGUUGGAUAAGAAAACAUUUAAUCAUGUGUGAUAUGCUGUUUGUCACUAGUUUUAUCAUCUUCAGGACAAGAUUUUUCAGGAAUCCUUACAAAGAGAGCUUAUAAAUUCAAGUACCUACAGGUCAUUUUUCACGAAAGGCACGUAUCCAUCCAAAUACAAUCAAAAUACACCAUAAAUAUGAACCAAAUUUGAAAUCAGUAACCCUCCAACUCUUUUACGUACCUUAUUGACAGGACUUUAGAACCAUUUGACUCUUGAAAACCAGGUUCUUUUUCGCGAGGAUUACUGUACUCAUUUUCGUUCUAUUAGACAAUAACCUGUCAACCAAAUUUGGGCCAAUCGAUAAGGGAUAUCACUUAGAGAUGCUUGUUGGUUGGCCAACAGUAUUGGUUGGCAGAUGGCUUAAGCGUUUGUCUGUCUAUUGCCUUUAAUAUAGAUUAUAAGGAAUGUACAGUCUUGAUGUACAGUACAGUCUUGAUGUACAGUACAGUCUUGAUGUACAGUACAGUCUUGAUGUACAGUACAGUCUUGAUGUACAGUACAGUCUUGAUGUACAGUACAGUCUUGAUGUACAGUGCAGUCUUGAUGUACAGUGACGUAUUAUUGUCGAUAUUCGAGAAGGUUUUGCAUAACACUGAUUUUGUCAUCUAGAUUUAUCAAUGAUUAUCAUGAUGUAUAGUCUAAGAAUUGCAGGAUGUUAGAUACGAGUUUAGCUAAAAGCGUUUUAAAAGCAAGGCUCGUUUGUAGUGCAAAGCAGUGUUGCUCUUGUAUGUGUUUUAGGGAUGACGUAGCAAUUAUCAAACCACCUACAUGUUAAGAGCUAUUGUUGUCAUUAGCUUUCUCUUGUCUAGAAUCUGUCACAAUAUCUACAGGAUUGUCUAAAGAUGGGACGAAUAGUUGAUAAAUUACAACCGCUAUGAUGCUCAAUCAUCAAAUACUAGCUUUUAUCUCUCCUUAUAACGGAGAAACAAGAACGCACCCACUUAUUGUUCCCAAAGUGAGACACUCAAUGUUACAAGAUAAAUGUUCAGUUCUUAACUAAAGUCUAUUGUAAAUCCGUCAGAUCAUUGGAAAACAGUCCAAAAAUUAUCUGCUCCAUAUCCAUCAAAGGUAAAAGAGCUGUGUAUCAAGAUCAAUUUUACUAAUCUGUUGAAUCUAAAUUGACCUAUGGAUAUUAAAGCACUUAAAAAAUCAAGAAAGUCUCGAUACAAUUUCUAAAAACAACACAUCUUAUAAACAGUGUAUUUUCUAACUACCUGCAAAUUCAGAUGUAUUUCAGACCCUAAAUAUCUGACGGCAACUCCGUACGUUUUAGCAUUGAUUGUCUCCUCUUGAGUUCCUUGUCCCUAUAAUUGUUUUAAUGGUAUUAUAUUUAGAUUUAGUUAUUCGUUUCACACUCUGUUUGGGUGAAAUUUUAACUUUUCUGCUUCUAUGCAUGAAAAUUAGAUUUUAUCUGUGGUUGUAAAUGAUUUUUUGUUCGAAUCAUUGAUUCGAAAGGUUUUAAUACUGGAGUAGCUGUUGUAUGUAUUUAAGAAGGGAUGUCAAAAUUUAUGUAUAUUGAGCUUGAUUACUUGUAAAUUUUAGAAAAAAUUGGAAAUCGCAAUCACUUCUAGGUUGUAAUUGUGUAAAAUUUAAUUGAUAUGAAUGGUUUUGAAGAUUUGUAAAAGUUUUUGCUUUCUUCAAAUAGUUCUUUAACACGGCAUGAAUCAAUACCCACUUUUUCAUAAGAAUAUUGUUUAUAAAAAUAUUCAGGCUCAGAAUUAUCCGAACGAAAAGUUCUUAAGAAUAUCGAGGCUGCGAAAAGUCUUUACCAUUCUUAUGAAAAAAGAGUGUGAUAAGGGCAUUCGUUUUCUACUUAAAUAAAAACUUAUGAUGAAAAGUUUCGCUAUUUUUCUAUUUAUUUAGUAAUCUGAACAAUAAAAAAAGAAAGAAAAAUAGAAAGAGUGAAUUGUAGCAAGUCUUGAUGAAGAAAGAAGCGUUAUCUUCUUUUUUCUUGUGUCCUUUGGACAAGUUAAUGUUCAAAUGAAUUCGAUGUGUCACACUUUUAAAGCAUACCUUCCAAAAUAAUGUAAUAUAUGUGAUUGCUAUUGACAAAAAAAGUUUUUCAAAUGUUGAAUGAUUCACCAUUUGCGAUUUUAGUGGUAUUUAUUCUCUUAUUAACACCAAUUUUCUUUUAUCUUGUUCACGGCCAGCAAAAUGGGUCAAAGUAUUAAGACUUUGCCACCAUUUUCUGAAGAUACAUUGCUUAUCCAAGGACUAGUCUAGAAACAGGCCUCUAAAGGCAGUCUGUCCCCUCCAUAAUUGGCUUAUUCCAACUUGAAAGCUCCUGAGAACAAUGGGGGACAGACUGCCUUUAAAAAACUUUUUAACAAAGCAAUAAAACUUCGACAUUAUGCAUUCAUGCCCAGGAAUGUAAUUUAAAGCAAAGACAGCAACAAGAAUAAUAACAAACAUACGCUUGAUCAAUAUUUAAAAGCCAUACUCACUGCAAUUUAAAAUCUUUGAAGAUAAUUAGAAAUAAAAAUAACUUGAUCAAUUAAAACAAAUACAUAUCAACACACCAACACCAAAUCACUAAUAAAUUAAUUGAUAUGUAACGCGAUCCAUAUUCUGAGGAGAAAAUCCACGCACCGAGGAGAAGGAAAAAUCAGUAUUAACAAGAUCGAUCGUGAUUAAACAUAAUCCUGGCGAAAAAAUCAGCUUGAACCGUUUCAGCCAAUCAGGGCCCUGUAUUUGCCAUGGAAUUCAUGGUCAGAAAUUUUGCAUGUUGACAAGCGCUAAUCCUCAUGACAGGCCUUAAUUAUAUUUGAUUCCUUUGAUAUACCGCACGCGUGAUACGCAAUUUUAUUGCCUAGGUAGAUCUCACCGGUUCUUCUACGCUCGAGCCUGAGGGGCGAAUUCAGUCUUUGAAAAUCUGGUACAAUUUCCGUUAAAAUCAUAUGGUUUUAUGUGAAAAUCCCUAGAAGUUAUUUUGCUUUCGUAAAAAUCAUGUACGCAAUUUGCAAGAGUAAAUUGCCCCUCCCAGUGGCCUGCGGUACGCAAAAGGCUUCAAGCUAAAAAUUUGACGCAUAAGGUGAAAUAUAAAUAGGUCAUUACGACGAAUAGAUCGAAACGGGCACAGUCUUAUGCCAGUACGUCGAACGGGAUAAUUAGCAAGGUGCCCUUUCGCCUAUUCUAUCAGGUCGUGUUCUUACCGCGAUAGUCGAUCGAUGGUAGAUCCCC